CUUCUCAUCAACAAACACACACACUUGUUUUGAAAAUGGCUUCCCCUUCAUCACUUCCCAAGCUGCUGCUUCUCGCAUGUUUCACGAUACUCUCCUCCUCGAUCAGAUCGUCUGCUCACGACUUCUCAAUCGUGGGCUACUCCCCAGACGACCUAACGUGCAUAGACAAGCUCAUCAACCUCUUCGAGUCGUGGAUUGACAAGCAUGGUAAGAAGUACAAGAGCCUUGAGGAGAAGUUGCAUAGGUUCGAGAUCUUCAAGGACAACUUGAAGCACAUUGAUGAGAGGAAUAAGGUUGCUAGCAACUACUGGCUUGGCCUCAACGAGUUUGCGGACAUGAGCCAUGAUGAGUUCAAGAACAUGUAUUUGGGGCUCAAGACAGAUCAGUUGCCUAAAAGGGAUGAGUCCCGUCAAGAAUUCAAGUACAGGGAUGUCGAGAGCUUGCCUAAGUCAGUCGACUGGAGGAAGAAAGGAGCCGUUACUCGGGUCAAGAACCAAGGAUCUUGUGGCAGUUGCUGGGCGUUUUCAACUGUUGCUGCUGUCGAGGGCAUCAACCAGAUUGUGACGGGGAAUUUAACAGAGCUGUCCGAGCAAGAGCUGAUUGACUGUGACACAACUUACAACAAUGGAUGCAAUGGAGGGCUUAUGGACUAUGCAUUUGCUUACAUUGUAUCAAAGGGUGGGAUUCAUAAGGAAGAAGACUAUCCCUACCUUAUGGAGGAAGGAACUUGUGAAGAAAACAGGGGUGAGUCUGAAGUUGUCACCAUUAGCGGGUACCAUGAUGUACCUGCAAACGACGAGCAAAGUCUCUUGAAAGCACUGGCAAACCAGCCACUAAGUGUUGCCAUUGAAGCUUCUGGCAGAGAUUUUCAGUUCUACAGCGGGGGUGUGUUUGACGGGCACUGUGGAACUGAGCUUGAUCAUGGGGUGGCAGCUGUUGGAUACGGAUCGAGCAAGGGAUUGGAUUACAUCAUUGUGAAGAACUCAUGGGGACCGAAAUGGGGAGAGAAGGGAUAUAUAAGGAUGAAGAGAAAUACAGGGAAGCCUGCAGGGAUAUGUGGCAUUAACAAGAUGGCCUAUUUCCCUACCAAAAACAAGUGAACAACAGUGUCUUCUUCCUAACCUGAUCAUGUCAUUUGAUGUCUUGUCUCUGUUCUGUUAAAAUUCAUGUUGUUAAGAAAUAAGGACCAGUAUGUUUUUUUUUGGACCAAAAGUGUAAUUCUUGUUGGAAACUGUAUUUUGAAAUAUUCAUAUUCAUCAUCGUCGCAG